GCAAAUGGGCCCCCUGUCAAUUUUGCACCAUUUGUUAAUUGUCACUUUCCUAACUUCAAAAAAAAAAACAUUCUUUAUCAGACUUACAUUUUCAUAAAUCAUAUUCAUCUCUCAGUCAGAAACACCUUUUAUCUCCUCAAGGUAGCUUUCAAGGAGGAAAAAGGGAAUUAAACUAUGGGCUUUUUUAAACUUUUCAUGUUUGCGUUAAUCUUAGUAUCUUCAUUAAGAGCUUGCAUAAGUAUCGAUGAUGAUAAUGAUGAUGUUUUAGGACUAAUAGCAUUCAAAGCAGACAUUAUUGACACAUUAUCUCAUUUAUCAUCAUGGAAUCAAGAUGAUAGCUCUCCAUGUUCUUGGAAGUUCAUAGCAUGUAAUCCUGCAACCGGAAGAGUCACGGAGCUGUUGUUAAGUGGGUUAAAUUUGUCGGGAAAGAUCGGUAUAGGACUUGAAAAGCUACAAUAUUUGCAGGUAUUAAAUCUUGCUCAUAACAAUCUUACAGGCACCCUUAAUCCUCAACUAUCACUCCUUAGUAAUCUUGAAAAUCUUAAUGUUUCUCAUAAUAGUCUUUCUGGUGGCAUCCCACCAUCUUUAAUCAGCUUGAGUCGAAUCAAGUUUCUUGAUUUAUCUAAAAAUGCGUUAUCUGGCCCGGUUCCUAAUGACUUUUUCUUGACGUGUUCAUCACUUCGAGUACUGUCGUUAUCUGGAAACAAUCUUAAUGGUCCGAUUCCUAGUUCACUAUCACAAUGCACCAUCUUAAACCAUCUUAAUCUAUCCAAAAACCGGUUUUCAGGUAACCUACAUGUUGAUUCAGGUCUUUGGUUGUUGACCCGAAUCCGAACAUUGGACCUUUCACACAACGCAUUAACUGGUAGUAUACCGAAAGGUGUGUCGUCUUUGCCUUACUUGAAAGAGCUUUUUCUACAUAUGAAUCAUUUUUCAGGAGGUUUGCCUUCUGAUUUAGGUCUAUGCUCACAUUUGAAGAAGUUGGAUUUAAGCAAUAAUCAAUUCACAGAAUCACUUCCUGUUUCUUUCCAGGGUCUUUCUUCUUUAACUUACUUAAAUCUAGCUAAUAAUAUAUUAACAGGAGACUUUCCAGAUUGGAUUGGAAAGUUAAAUAGUCUGGAAUACUUGGAUGUUUCGGGUAAUGGUCUGACCGGAAUACUCCCAACAUCGAUUGGUGGUUUGGGAUCGCUUACUUACGUGAGUCUUUCGGGUAAUAGUUUAAUAGGGGACAUUCCUAAGUCAUUGAUCUACUCGAGUAACCUAUCGGUGGUUAGGCUAAGAGGGAAUAGGUUCAAUGGUAGCAUACCUGAGGGUUUAUUUGAGCUGGGGUUGAACCAGAUUGAUCUUUCAAGGAACCAACUGACCGGUUCAAUUCCUCCUGGGUCUAGCCGGCUAUUCGAGACUCUUGAAUCUCUGGAUCUAUCUGCAAAUGGGCUUACUGGUGACAUUCCAGCUGAAAUGGGUCUUUUCUCUAAGUUGAGAUACUUGAACUUGUCAUGGAAUAAGUUUGAAACAAGAAUGCCCCUGCAGCUUGGGUAUUUUCAGAAUCUAACUGUGUUGGAUCUACGAUAUGCAGCUUUUCAUGGUUCGAUUCCUGGGGAUAUAUGCAACUCUGGUAGCCUUGAAAUCCUGCAACUUGAUGGCAAUUCUCUGAUAGGGUCAAUACCGGAGGAUAUUGGAAACUGUUCAUCUCUCUACUUGUUGAGCAUGUCUCACAACGACUUGCGGGGAUUUAUCCCAAGAUCAAUAUCACUCCUGAAAAGGCUCAAGAUUCUCAAGUUAGACUCUAAUGAGCUAAGCGGUGAGAUACCACAGGAACUGGGUGAAUUAGAAAAUCUGCUAUCAGUCAACAUAUCCUACAACAGACUACAAGGUAGGCUUCCUGAUAGGGGCAUAUUUCCAAGCUUACAACCAGGUUCUUUAGAGGGUAAUCUGGGUAUUUGCUCGCCCUUUAUCAAAGGACCAUGCAAGAUGGAUGUCCCAAAGCCGUUAGUUCUCGACCCAUACUCGUUUCAGAAUCCAAUGGGAAAUCAUGAAGGAGCCACCAAACCGUCAAAACAUUCCAAGCACCACAAAUUUCUGAGUAUUUCGGCCAUUAUUGCCAUAUUGGCAGCCGUUAUGAUUACCAUUGGUGUCCUUGUGAUAAGCUUACUCAAUAUCUCAGCUAGAAAAAGACUGCAAUUUGUCAGUAAUACCCUUGAAAGCUGCUCAAGCUCAUCUCGCUCAGCACGCCACCUAUCAGUCGGGAAAUUAGUUUGGUUCGAUUCCAAGAUAUCCCCUGGUUGGGUUGUUAAUCCCGAAUCUUUACUAAAUAAGGCAGCUGAGAUUGGGAGGGGAGUUUUUGGGACUGUCUAUAAAGCUUCAUUAGGUGACGAGGGCAGAUAUCUCGCAAUUAAAAAUCUUAUUGUAUCGAACAUGGUCCAAUAUCCCGAAGAGUUCGAUAGAGAGGUCCGGGUUUUAGGAAAAGCAAGACACCCUAAUCUUGUGUCACUAAAAGGGUACUACUGGACUCCUGAGUUACAGCUUUUAGUGACAGAUUAUGUACCAAAUGACAGCUUACAAGCCAUACUCCAUGAAAGGUCAACAAGUCAACCUCUUUCAUGGUCAAAACGGUUUAACAUAUUGCUUGGAACCGCAAAGGGGUUGGCCCACUUGCACCAUUCGUUUCGUCCACCUAUUGUGCACUACAAUAUCAAACCUACCAACAUUCUUCUAGACGAUGAUUUCAAUCCAAAAAUAUCAGAUUUUGGAUUAACAAGAAUUCUAGCAAAACUAGACAAGCAAGUAAUGAGUAACCGGUUUCAGAGUGCAUUAGGUUAUGUAGCUCCAGAGUUGGCUUGCCAGAGCCUACGGGUAAAUGAGAAAUGUGAUGUUUAUGGCUUUGGGGUUUUGAUUCUUGAGAUUGUGACGGGCAGAAGGUCAAUCGAGUAUGGAGACGAUAACGUGUGGAUACUUACUGAAGAAGUAAAGAUAAUGCUAGAAGAAGGAAAUGUUCUAGAUUGUGUUGAUGAGAGCAUGGGGAACUAUCCUGAAGAAGAGGUUUUACCUAUUCUUAAACUGGCAUUAGUGUGCACUUCUCAAGUACCGUCAAGUAGGCCUUCAAUGGCAGAAGUGAUUCAGAUAUUACACGUUAUCAAGACCCCUAUUCCUCACAGGAUGGAAGCUUAUUAAGAGUGUCACAACUUCUUGACUUCAAUGAUGGUUAACUGUAGUAGCUUUUUUCUUUUCUUUUCUUUUCUGAACGGCGUGUAUAAUUGUAGUAGGUAGUUUUCUCGGCAAUCGAUGUUCUCUCA